ACGCGGCAUAUUAUUUAAAUAUUCUAGUCUAUAAAAUUUAAACUCGUUUGUUAAAAUUAUUCAUGAGCGAUAUUUAAAUUAUUUUUAUGAAGAAAACGUGCCUUUUCCAUGACAACUGGCUGAAUAAUAAGUUUUAAAAAAACUGAAAAACAAUAUCUAACUACUCGAAUUCACAGAAACACCUGCUGCGUAAGUUUCAGAAUGACUUCUAAUUGCAAUAUCAGUAUAGUAAAGAAACAUUACCGAGAGAAAGUUAAAAAAUAUCUUAAAAAAACGUUGUUACUCCAUGUAGGUGUACAGAUUUACACCCUUUUGGGUUCAACAUUAUUUCUCUAUCUUGAGGAGUGUAUCGGAAAGAAUUAUGAGAGAACGCAGAGCAAAGUACAAGAUAUUUGUAUAGAAUUUAACAACACGCGGCAGGCGUGGGUUAAUUCGUCUUUACUUCAAAAAAUAGAAGAUAUUUGCGACAAAGAAAAGCAACCAUUAGGAAAGACUUGUGAAUUCUCUCAAAAGUUAAUAUAUAAAUGGUGGCAAUAUACAUUCACCGUUUGCUCUACCAUAGGAUAUGGCAAUGUAGCACCAUUAACUGAUAUUGGAAAGUUUUUGACCAUCGCCUAUGCAAUACCAGGCAUUGCCAUCGCAGUUACAGCUUACGCUUACGUUGGACGGCUAAUAAAUGUUCUUACGCAAUUUUCCAUUGUGUAUGUCCAACUAAAGAUCUGUGGUAAAGCUAGAGUUACACGAUUACUUUUAAAGGUGCUUCUUUUUCAAACAAUUAUAACCGUCGUUGUUAUUUUACUUUUCGCUUCGAUGGUUUCACUCAAGCAAACGGAAAAUCUGCGUUACAUUGAUGCUGUGUAUUUUGCGUUCAUUUCUUUUACUACAAUUGGAUUUGGAGAUUUUAAUUAUGAUUUUGGAAAAUACAUCGACAAACUUCACUUGAUAAUCCCAAUAAAUCUCUUAUUUAUUGUUGGGCUUGGUUUGGUUGUGUCCUUAGUGACCACUGCAACUGCAGUAUUUAUGAAUGACAAAGAAGAAGAAGAAGAACUAUUUCGCUCUUAAAGUCAUCAGUCUUUCAGUGAAUGCUUCUGCAAAAUCUGUACAUAGUAAACGAAAAGUGAGUCACUAUAAACACGCUGCGAAGUUACCCACCAAUCCAUGACUAAUUUAACGAAAUGUUCGAUCGUUAUAACAGGUCCAUAAACAAAACGAAAGGAACGAUGAAGAAACGUUUUUGAUGGCUGUCUUUUAGGUGAUUUUUUUUGUGCGAAAAUUGUAAUUUUUCGGAUUAAUGCUUGGAAAUUUUGUUUAUUGCAAAAAAAAAAAAUGCCCACCACCAAGGUGCGCAAUUGGACAAUUUUUAUCUAGCUACAUAUUCUGUCAUAUUUUAGUAUUGUAUUUCGUAAUGUGGGAAAUUUGAAUAUUCGCUCGUUGUAAAGAGUGAAAAAAGGACAUUACAAAAUAAAGAGUAAAA